CUCAAGAAGAAGAUAAAUUUUUAUGUCAAAUUUUUAUGGAAAUUUAUCAAGAUCCUAUCACAGGUGUUUAUCAAUCAUCUGAUCAUUUUUGGUCUCGUGUGGUAGAAGGCUACGAGAAUGGAAAAGAUGCAUUUUGGAGUGAACGGUCAAAGAAAUCCAUCCAAUGUCGAUUUCAAGCUAUUGAAAAAGCAACAAAAAAAUUACAUGCAUGCAUCAGACAAUGUGAAAAUCAACGUCCAAGUGGUGCUUCAAAAUGAUGACAUUUUUGAUCAAGCCAAAAUAAUGUUAAAGGAAGAUCCAAAAUACAAAGCAGGUUGGAAAUUUGAUCAUGUGUGGAGCAUUAUUAAGAAUUUUGAGAAGUUUAAAGAUGGUGAAACUCCAGCUAGAAACGUACCAAAUACAUGUGGUUUUGGGUAUGCAUCUUCGGAGUCGGAAAAUCCAACCCCAGACUUUGGUACACAAGCAUCUUCAGGUUUGCUUUCACUUUCUUUGAAUUUAGAUGAUGAAGAAGACAUUAUUGGUGGGUCUGCAUCUAAACGACCGAUUGGAGUGAGAAAAGCUAAGCUGAAAAUAAAAAGUGAUAAUCAAACAUCACUUGUUAUCAACACUUUAGAAGAAGGAAGUAGACAACUUGUGGAGCAACUAAAAAAGACCAGCUCCCAAAGACAGCACCAUUUAGAUAUUCAAAAAAAGGGCUGA